GCAUAUUUUCUAUCAGCGGAAAGUAACGGAGGCAGACGAAUAUAAAAGGGGGAGUCAGUACCAUCAUGGGAUUGUAUUGUUUUGGGUAGUUCGCUGCUGAGAUUUUGUGAAGAAAAACUUGUAAUUCAUUUUAUUUUAUAUUGGUUUUUCUGCUUAAUUAUUCUCGUGUAAUCGAAAGAGAGGAAACAAGAAAUGGAGAACUCGGCUAUUUCUGUUACAUAAACUUUUGGGAUCAAAAACUCGGGGGUUUACUCGAUUUCGUGUCGGUCGAUCAACCUUUGGUGAAGGAGCCUCCUUCUGCUGAUAUGAUCGCUACUCGACCAAGACUGAAGCAUUUCCCUGGUGGUGAUAAACGGGAAACAUCUCCAGGAUGUUCACAAGACGGUUGCAACGUAAGACCUCGGAUCGAUGUAUACCUCUCAGAAACUGAAGUAACUAUUCAUGGUGGAGAAGGCAGGAAUAAGAAUCAUAAGAUGUUACCUAACACCAUAAAGUCCCCAGUGAUUUCUUUGAAUUUUACUCCAUCAAGUAUUGACGGUCUUCAAUUCUCUGCUGCUGGGCAAACAGUUUCUGGCUUGAGUGAAGAAGAGGCCGAGGAUGUCUCCAUGGAGGUGGAGAGUACUGGUGAUGUUCGCUCAUCCUCAGAAAAUGGCAAUAAAGAAAAUUCCCAGAGCUCAAAAUCGAAUGAAAACAAUGGUGCUCUUGAUGUUGAUACGGGCAAUCCAGGGUCCUUGAACACUCCGGAGACCGUCCAAGUGCUAAAUACCGAAGUUGAGGAUAUUGAAACCAAUAAGGAUAAUUCAAGCAGCCCUGGAGUUAUUGAUGAAGAUACAAUCAUCCCUGAACUUCAAGUCCAUGAGAUAGUUGUCACUGAAGUUAUGGAAACUUCAAUUGUUGCCACUCUAGUAAUAGAAGAAACCGAGCCACAAGCAGAAGAGACUGAAGAAACUGUUGCCAUGACCGUAGAAGUUGCUCCAGUAAUUGAGAAUCGCAUAGUGGUGCAUGAAUAUCCAAGUGCAGGAUUUUCUUUUGAUCCCACAUUUGAUGCGUCACUCCCAUCUCAUGAACUAGUUGGUGGAUUCAGCAUUCCUAUUGGAUAUGCAGGCUUGUACGAGAAGAUAUGGAGGAAGUUUGGCACAUCAUCGUUACUAGAGAUCCUGGACGUGCUUAUGCUUUAACAAUGCAAGUAAGUGUCAUAUUGCGUGUUGUAAGUGAUAUAUGCGCUAGGGCCAGAAAUAUUGUGACUCCAAAUGUACUCUUUGAUUGGGAGUUCAACUUGGAGAAUUCUGAAAGACUUGGCUUCAACUUGAACUUCUGAACUUCUGAGAGAUGUGAGGUUUUAUUUUGGUUUUGAUAUUAAUUGGCUUUGGAUUGGUAGAUGAUUGAGGAUUUUCUUUUGGAUUUGAUAGAGAUUUUCUUUAAGUAAAAUGAAUUGAGUUUUGAUAAA